ACUGGUUUCUACUCUGCUCUCGUUCAUCUUCGCGUUAACCACCGUCUUUACGAGCCACAACGCAAGCAGCGUCGUUCUCGCUCUCGAGAAUGGCUUCUAUGCUCGCCGAAGCUGUAGCUGACAGCUGGGAGUGGGUCGACUCUAUCGAUGUGUCGUCCAGCUCCGACAAGAUCCAGGACAUGCUCUCCCUGCCAGACGACGCUCGCGCAAGCAUCAUACGCGAACAGGGAGAUGAGCCCAACCAAGCUUUGCUUGUUCUGCUACCGCUGCUCAUAGUACUAUCAACUUUCCUCUUCCUCCUGCUAGUCUUCUUGGUAUGCAUUAUCCUGCUUCGCAGGCGUCGCGGCAUCCUGCUUAGGGAUAGCGAUGGUCCGGUUGAUAUGAGCCGGGAAGAGCUUAUUGAGGGUGAAGGCGGAUUCGAGGUCAUGGAGUCUCGCUGGCUCGAGAGCGUGAACGAGGUAGAGCGCAGAUCAUAUCUCCGAGCCAAGGAGUUUCAACUCCAGUACCCCCCGAAUUCCCUCCCCACCGAUAUAACCUUAUCGCAAUUCCUAUCGAUACAAGAGAAAGGCGUGUCCGCAUGGUCGUUCGAGCCCGAUGUCGAGUCGCUGUCUUCCCUAAUAGUCCAGGGCCGAACGGAAAUCACAUUCCUCCCUGAUCCUCCCACACCUGCAUGCGUACAGUCCAAUCUGCCCCUUCCCAAACUCAAUGAAGUCUACUAUUGGGAAGUAAAGAUGUUUGAUCUGCCACCGGAGACCAAUGUCGCGAUCGGGUUGACCACCAAGCCUUACCCAUAUUUCCGCCUGCCUGGACUCAGCCGCUACUCCGUUGCCUAUCAUUCCAAUGGCGACAAGUCUCAUAAUUGGCCGUUCACCGCUGCCUCGUUUGGUCCUGGCUUCAAGGAGGGCGAUGUUGUCGGGGUGGGAUAUCGGCCUCGCACCGGGACUGUUUUCUUCACGAGGAACGGUCGCAAGUUGGAGGACGCGUUUGUGGGUCUGACCCGGUGGAAUCUCUUCCCUACCGUGGGUGCGGAUGGGGCAUGCAGUCUCCAUGUCAACCUCGGACAAGCUGGCUUUGUUUUCAUCGAGGCGAACGUCAAAAAAUGGGGACUUGCUCCGAGCGUGGGUACGUUGGCACCUCCCCCUGCGUAUGGCAGCGAGCGUGGGAGUAUUUUGCUUCAGGCUGGUGGGGAGACUCCUGCAGGUGUGGACGCUAUGUCGCCCCGCAGCACUCCCGGAGUUGGGUCGCUGCCGUCGUCGAGACGCGGGCAUCGUCAUCGUCGACCGAAACGGGAAUCAAACUCGGUGACAGAGAGCCCUCCAACUACACCUCCUCCCCCGCCUUCUACGCCGCCUCCCCCUAUCACUCCAAUAGAGGAGGAGCCUGCUGAGAGCUCGGGUGCUGGGCCGUCGACUUCCCGCAGAUACAUUUCGCCUACUGAUUUGCCGUUUCAUAACCCUCCGAAUGUCAAUUUGCCAUCUUCUCCUCCCCGGGAGGACGCUGAUGCGGAGGAAACGGAGGGGGAGUGGGCAUCCCCAUCAUCCUCGGCUGCGACCUCGAGAUCGACUACUCCGGAUCGUGCAGAGUCUGAACUUUCGGUUCGUGUCCAUCCUCCCCCAGAGUCUCCGAUCAGUCCCAACCCGCCUACCCCUAAUCCACGCGACAUACAUUUGCAGGCCCUCAACUCUUCUGCUCAGGCUGGGCCGUCGCUCUCACCUUCGAGCACGUUGCUCGAUGAGGUCUCUGCUUUAAGGCGCGAGCCACCGAGCUACUCACCGCUGGACCCGUUCGCAUACCAGGAUGGCGUUCAUAUCGAUCUUCCCGCUGACGUCAUCGCGGCAGCGUUGGAACGGGGAACUAUUCCUUCCAGUGCAUUCAGCCACAGUAGCGGCUCGCGUUCUGAGAGGCAUAGAUGGAGACGAGACAGAGAAGGACGGCAGUGAUGAUAUCUGUUUAGUGUAUUAGUGUCAGGCCCGGUUAGAGUUUGUCAGGAUAUAAUCGUGAUCUCAUUGAAGAUGUAUACUUGUUCUCCUUCCGAUCGUCAGUCGGACUAUCCAUCCACAUCAGUAAUCACAUUCACCGCAUAUUCCAGUCACUCAAUUUGUAUUUCAAUGUUAUCGUUGCUUGUUGUUGCGUUCGCCGUGAAUUAUAUUGUGCGUGC